AUGGGGGAGUGGCGGGACAUGACCGCGGAGGCGCUGGAGGAUCAGUACUCCCCCAGCCGCUGGUCCUCCCGCCUGGGCAGGGAGACUAUUAUCCAAGCCCACAUCGCGACGAUGGCGGCAGCAACUCAGCGGGCCCGGGCCAGCGUGCAGACCGCACUGCACGUCCCCUACGGCGACGGGGACAGGGAGAAGCUGGACGUCUACUUUCCCCCGGACCCUUCUGAAACAUUCCCGGUCCUGGUCUACAUCCAUGGUGGAUACUGGCAGUGCCUGAGUAAAGAGGAGUCAGGAUUCGCAGCCCCCCCACUGGUGUCACAGGGUGUGGGAGUGGUGGCAGUGGGCUACGACAUAGCCCCCAAAGGCCACAUGGAUGCCAUGGUGCUGCAGGUUCGGCGCAGCAUCGCUUUCCUGGUGGAACGGUACUCCAGGAUCAGAGGUGUUUACCUAUGUGGACAUUCAGCAGGGGCCCACUUGGCAGCCAUGGUGUUGUCCACAGACUGGACAGAAUAUGGAGUGGUGCCAGAUAUCAAAGGAGCUGUGCUGGUGAGCGGUGUGUAUGACCUGGAGCCCCUCCUGCACACCUACGUGAACGAUGAGCUGAACAUGAGCAGGGAGGUCGCCCAGAGGAACAGCCCCAUGCAGUGCAUUGCUCCAGCAGCAUCUGUGGCUGUGACCUGUGAGGUGCUGGUGGCUGUGGCCCAGCAAGACUCCCCAGAGUUCCGCAGGCAGUCACAGGAGUAUGGCCAGGCCCUGCGUGCAGCUGGCUGGUCUGUCUCUAUGCUGGAUCUCGCUGGUGUGGAUCACUUUGACAUCAUUGAGAGGCUAUCAGAGGAGAGCUACAUCCUCACACAGGAACUUGUCCUCCAACUUCAAGCUGCUCGUGAUUAG